CAGGCGUACGGUAUGAUCAUAUAUUUUAUGACACAAGUGUGAGCUGCGGAUUUACUGAGUGCAACGAUAAACACCGACGACCAAUGGGACACUGCAGUGCAAGAUCAUCUAUAAAACAACAAUAAUAAUAUCACUAUACACAGAUCGUCGUCGCGCAUUCAAUCGUUUUGUACAAUUUUAAUUAAAUUAUGUUUCGUCGAACGUGCGACCGAUCGGUUUUUUUUGCGGCGGCGGCUCGUCGAGCAACUUUUACGAGCAACGAUGGCUCGGGUCCACGACCGCUUGACGGCGUUCGGGUGGUGGACAUGAGCAGGGUGGCUGCUGGUCCUUACUGUGCGAUGGUGCUAGCUGAUAUGGGCGCGGACGUUAUAAAAAUCGAGAGACCGGUGACCGGCGAUGACAGCCGUAGUUACGGGCCGCCGUUUGUAGACGUCUGCGGCAACGGUGGUGGUGGCGAGAGCCGUUUGAGCUUAUACUUCGUCUCGCUGAACCGGAACAAGCGAAGUGUGUGCGUGGACUUCCAGCAGCCAGAUGGCCGGGCGAUCAUUCGAAAGUUGGUUGAGCAGUCACACGUGCUCAUCGAGAACUACAUACCCGGCACGUUGGACAGACAUGGCAUUGGAUACGAAAAUUUACGCAAGAUAAAUCAGAAAUUAGUAUUUUGUUCGAUAACUGGUUAUGGAUCCAAGGGACCAUGGAACCAAAAACCAGGUUAUGACAUUAUUGCUGCUUCAAUCGGUGGUCUAAUUAACGCCACCGGUGACGCCGUUCCAGCAAAAUGUGCUAUACCCAUUACCGAUUUAAUGACUGGCAUGUAUGCUCAUGGUGCCAUUUUAGCGGCUUUAUAUCGCGGCGUAGGUGACAAAAUUGACUGUGAUCUAUUGUCGACGCAGCUUUCAAUGAUGUUCAAUUUGGGAUCAAAUUAUUUAAACGCAGGCAUGCUAACGAAACGAUGGGGCACUGAACAUGAAAGUAUGGUUCCAUACAAAGCAUUUAAAACGUUGAAUGGCUUCCUUACUUUUGGUACGGGCAACAACGUACAAUUUAAAUCAUUUUGCGAUCGCAUAUCAAUUCCAGAAUUAGCUACGGACGAACGAUUCAUGAACAAUGAAUGUCGCGUUAAGAAUCGAGAACAGUUAUAUAACAUCAUCGAACCAAUUUUAGAAUCCAAAACAAACGAAGAGUGGAUGACGAUUUUUGAAGGAGUACCUUUUCCUUAUGGUCCCGUUAAUGAUAUGGCACAAGCAUUUAACAACGAACAUGUUAAGGAAAUAAAUAUUGUCCAAGAUAUUGAGUGCUCAUACAACGCAAAACUUAAAAUAGUCGGUCCGGCAGUUACAUUCAAGAAUAGCAGUAAUACAAUCCGAAGAGAGCCACCGUUGUUGGGUCAACAUACAAAUGAAGUAUUAACUUCUCUAGGAUACAGCACUAAAGAAAUUGAUUUAUUGCGCUCAAAAACCGUAAUAUGAUUAUUAUUGUUUGUUUUUUUUACAAUUUUAUUUUUGUUUAUUUAAAUAUAUUUGGUUAUACACUUUUUUU